AUGAAGAAGAUCUGGGCCAUUGCUAAAAACGAAGCACGCUUGUGCUAUGGCUUUAUCCGUCGUGACGCAGGAAUGGGCAUGAUUCCGAUCCCCAUAUUUACCGCAGCAUCUCUACUCUAUCGACAAGCACCGGUAGUAGAAAUGGCUAUUGCCAUCCCAAAAACUUUACUCUUGGGUUUGUUGUUUCUGUACUCCUUUGUCGUGGGCAACCAAAUAUGCGGCAUCCAGGAGGACCAAAUUAACAAGCCCGAUCGCCCCAUUGCGUCUGGCGCGACAACGCUGCAGGCGGCGCGAAUCCGCUGGGCCGUUUUGACCUCUCUCUUUGUGACUUACGGCUGUUAUCUGGGUGUUGGCAUCUGGUCCACCAUGUGGGUUGCCAUUGCUUUUGCACAUAACUUCUUAUCAUUCGGCGACUUUGGUCCCACCAAGGAUAUGUGCAUCGGCCUGGGCUGUGUCGCACAACUGACGGCUGCAUGGUUGAUUGGUGGCGCCCCGUACGACGUCGGCUGGGAUUGGAUCAAAAUCAUCGCUCUUUAUACCCUAUUCCCAAUCCCAUUACAAGAUCUGCGCGACGUUCCCGGUGACCUGGCUGUUGGGAGACGUACCACUCCGAUUCUUAUGGGAGACUUUCCUUGCCGAAUCUACAUCUCUCUUGGCGUCUUCAUAUCCCAGUUCUUGCUCAUCCGCUACCGCAUUCUCGAAUAUCGUAUAGACUGGUCUACCAUCACGCUCUCCUCGGUUAUUGGUAUGCUCGCGCUGACCAUUAUCUUCCGGCUUUUUGCCUUUCGUAAUGUCAAGAGCGACCAGUAUUCGUACCGGUUAUACACUGUUAUUUACCUCUUCCAGCCCUUGUCGGCAUGCAUUACGCUGCGAUAG